AUGUCGUCCGACCGCAAUUCUCGCCCGCUAAAACCCUCCCUUGCCUCGACCAGAACUGCAGCAAGAACUCCGCUCACGCCGCGCGUUGCAGCUCCCAAUGCCUCUGCUCCCUCUGCGUCCACGCCCGUUGCGAGGCCCGCCGCGCCCAGACUGCCAGCCAACAGGACUCCCGCAGUGUCACCAAGAGUCAGAGCACAAGAUGAGACGCUGGGGCGGGACCUAGCGACUGCGUCGACCGUCACGCCUCGCUCUGCUACCAGGAAGACGCGGGUGGAGAGCGCACAGAGCUCCCCGUCACAGGAUGAUCCGCCUAGCGAUUCGAAGUCGAAGAGUUCUCUGGGCCCUGCCGAUGCCAUGUCUGGUAGGAGCAGUGCUGUGAGUGGAUUCAGUCUAGCUUCCAGCAACAUGACAGCCGGGAAGCCGCGCGAGCCAAGGCCAAAGAGCAUGGUGGGAGGGACUGCAUCCAGAUCACCACCUCUGGUGCGAUCGCCAGGUCUUGUCGAACUGGGGCAGUCUGGACAGAAUGAUAGCAUCGACAGUCGCUUCUUUCAUGCCAGCGACGUCCGAAGGCAAGAGCCUGCGCCAAAACGGCCGGAGCCAAAGAAGAGCGCCUCAUUCUUUUACGCAGAUGGUAGACAGGAUAAGCCGACUAUCUCGCCGCCCAAAGCACCCUCGCCAGUCCUAUCCGCCGUCUCCGAGCAGCGGUCCACCGGGCGCUGGAUCCGUCCAGAAUCAAACAAUAAUCCUUCCAGAAGUCCGUCUGCGUUAUCGCCAUCCUUUGCGCCGACUGCGGUAGGCUCGCCGUACUUUGCAUCAGCUGUUCCCAACCAUGGCCCGUAUCGAUCACCUUCGCCCAGCAAAGAGAAUAUGCAUUUGUCAUAUCGCAAGGGAGCGUCACAAAUUCUCGGAAUGCGACCGACGCCAUCUCCAGCAGUUUCUCCCCGUGAGGAAGAGCCUCGCCGCACAAGCUUCGGGCUGUCACAUAAGAAAUCUCCAAGCCUGUCCUCUAUCGACUCGGGGGACUUCCAGCAGUCCAGACGGCGAUCUGCCACUGCCGCCGAUGCAGGCGCUUCGACAUCACCUCUCACACACGAGAUCAAAGCUCUACCUGUUCCUCAUGUUAGCAGUCCACCAGCGGGCUUGCCUUCCAUUGACACAUCACUGGCAUCACCAGCAGCUAUGAGUUCGCCAAGCCAGCCAAUACUCAGUCCUACGAAGAAUGCAGCGGAGCUUGCAGCAGAUGCCAGACGUGAACGAAAGGUGCUGGACUUGGAGAUCUCGAAUAGCUCCUUACUAGCCAUCAAUUCUAGUCUGGAGCGCGAGGUGAAGAGGCAGAAGUCGGAGCUAAAGCGCUUCCGACGCCUCUCACGCGCAGGACGUUUCUCGAUGGCUACUAGCGAGCUCUCCGGACGAACGUCAGACGGGCUGAGUACUCCGAGCGAAGACGAUGCGGACGAUGACAGCCAAUAUCCUUUCGAUAGAGCCUCUGGGAUGGCAGAAGAGGAUCUCAGCGAAUCUGAAGAAGAUGCCAGCCUGAUGAGCGGUGGUGAGCCAUUGUCUCCUGGUGCACAAGCCAACAGGGAGCAAGAUCGCCUUGCUAAAGACGAGCGACGUCUGAGGGUGGAUCUCGACCGACACAAGGAGCUCCUAACACAGAGCCAGGCGAUGAAUCAGAGUAUCAAGCGUUGCAUGUAUGCCACAGAGGAGAUGAUACGAGAUGGCAGAAGAGCCCUCGAGUAUCAUGUUCGUGUUUCUGACGUGAAGCUGGGUGGUCGAAUCCUAACCGGCCACGAAGAUGAAGAGAUUGAAGUCGAGGACAACGGGGAGCACGAAGGCAUGCAACAUGCUCGGGAGUUGCUCAACACAUGGUCUGGUCUUGGUCGACGGACCGAGGACAGCGAGGUUUCUGGAGAUCGAGACAGCGGGAUAGAGGUUGAUAAGCCACUUCUCAAUGUCUCAGCCCGUCCUCCACACACAAAUCCUCUCGGAGACUCCGGACGACCGCCCGAGUUGCUUUCGAGGGGCUUUUAG